AUGCACAGGUGUCUUUUUCGUAAUGCUGACAUCUUUCUCAAGCAGCGACUUCCUUUAGAAUCUCUCAGAGCAGUCUGUGAAAUCACCAGCUGUGUUGGCAAACAGGGACAGACCCUCAGGUACUCUAGUUGCUGCCAAGAAGAGGUGGUACGGCCUGGGGGCCCGACGUCACGUUCGGAACACUACUUUUCUGAAUUUUUUUCCCUACUCUGCAGUUCAUUAAAAUUCAAUCUUAUUCUGUUUCUGUUGAUUUCUACAAUGGAUGUAUUCUGGUGUCAUCCAAUUUCAUCUUCUAAGGUGUCUGGAAAAUCUGAUUACUUUGUCCUUCUGCUGAACAGCUGCCCAACCAGGAUGGACAGGAGAGAGGGACUAGAUUUUCUAAAGCCAAUUUUGGAGAAGACACUUAUGAAAAGGUCCUUCCGCAAUGGUGUCGGUGCAGGGGUGAAAAAAACUUCCUUUCGAAGAGCAAAAACGUGAAUAAGUGUGCAAAGGACUCUGGGAAUUAAUCUCAAAUUUUGUAUAGUGUGACUAAUGUGCUAAAGUCAGUUAUAUCUUUAUCGUUAAGUAUUGGUACGCUCUCAGUUCUUAAAUAUCUUCACUCUCCUUACUGGUACAGAGUAAAUUUUAAAAAAUGUAAGCCCAUGUCAAACUUUCACUGUGGGAGAAUAAAAUAUUUAUGUGAUCAAUUAGCAGCUUGCCUGAGUAGGGAUAGAUACAUUUGCUUUGAUCUUAAAUUGACCAAAAAGUAUGAGUGUUUUUACUAUGAUGACAAUGGUAUGAUUUUUUUCCUGGGCCUGUAAUAUAAUACUGAUUUUUUUUUUCUUUUCAAUAUGGUUUUCUGAAAUGGCUUAGCAAGACCAAUGCUUUGGGGAUGUGUUAUUUCAGCUUCUAAAAAAGUCUUGUGAGAGUAAGCAAAGUUAAGGCUCAUGACACAAGUGUAUUUUCUUCAGUCGAUUGAUACCGGAAACAAAUAUGAGCAGAGCCCUCUGGAUCUAACUCUUGCCACCCUUUUCCAUCAAAUAAACUUAGACAUG